AUGGUCAAAGACGGUAGUACGACGAGGACCGACUACGGAGCUCCGUGUGACGGCAACCCGAGUGCAGCAAAAAUUAAGCUUCCUUCACUGGUGGUGUAUAAAGUGCCACUCAACACGCUGAUUGGCGAUCUCACAUCGCUGGGCGUCACAGCUGAGUUUAAGCUCGGCAGGAUUGGCACCAAGGUGAUGCUCCGUACGAUAGCGGAGUACGAUGUGGCCGUGAAAUACCUGAAGGAUUCCAAGUCACCAGGUAGUCGAAAUCAAGGACCGGUACAAGCUGGCCCCAAUCGCUGUCUUCCGAAUGACAAGGAGGGACAAAAACGGGAAGACGUACCCGAUUGUCUAUUCCUGGUGCACUUCCAGAAAGGGACGGUGACGCUCAAUGCGCUGCAAGCCAUCCGCUUGAUCUACUUCAUCAUCGUACGGUGGGAACCAUACCGUGGCGGCCAUCGUGACGUAACGCAGUGCCAGCGGUGCCUCAAUGUUGGACACGGUACCCGCAAUUGCAACAUCAAGCCACGCUGCAGCAACUACGCUCACGAACACGCCACUUCUGCCACAUUAUUGCCCUGCGGAUGGAACCGUGGCAAUAAAAUGCGCCAACUGUGGUGGUACCCAUCAAGGUUCCAGACAGUGCUCCAAACGCAAGGACUUCAAACGCAUUCGAAAGCAGGCGGCAAGCAACAAUCAACCAGGACGCAAGAAGGACAAAACCCUAGCAUUCAGGACGGCUCUUCGAGCUCCCCAGCAAAGGCAUGCUAA